AUGUCCACACCACUGGAGGAGGCAAUGGACACCUUGAUCAGGAUUUUCCAUCACUACUCGGGCAAAGAAGGAGACAGAUACAAGCUCAGUAAAGGAGAACUCAAGGAGCUCCUCACCAGUGAGCUCACUGACUUUCUUUCAGGCCAAAAGGACCCCCUUCUGGUUGAUAAGAUUAUGAAAGAUCUGGACUCCAAUAAAGACAAUGAAGUGGAUUUUAAUGAAUUUGUCAUUCUGGUUGCUGCUUUGACUGUGGCAUGUAACGAUUUCUUCGAAGAACAGUUAAAGAAAGAGGGAUUUUAA